AUCGGCAGCGAGGAAACUGGCGACACUGCUAUCCGUACCUCAACUGAAGUUCAAUUGUUUGGGCUAAAGCUUUGUAAUUCAAAAACUUGGUGAACAGUUCGUGUUUCAGCGCUUAACUCUAUGGACGACAAUCCGUUAUUUAAGAUAGUAAAUAAAGCGGGAAAAACAAAAAUUAAUAUGAAAAAGCAAUAAAAAAGUAGUAAUUAAGCAAACACUGAAAGUGAUAGAUAGAUUAAAAACAAAGUGAAAAGAAAAUUAACCCAUUGUUAGUUAAUAUUCAAACAUUCAAUCAAGUGAUUAGCUCUCGAGAACAAACAAACUCACCAAUUUAGAAAGAUCAUGCCAUUGUCCUUGGCAAAUAUUUUGUUACUUUUGGAGCAUAGCAAAAGAGUCUAAGAAGCUAUUUAUUUCGGAUUUGGAAGUUUGAAGGAUACCAUGGCUGCUGGCAAUGAAUUUGAGAGCGAUGCAGGUUUUGUAAAUUUUGCAUAUGUGCCUUCCCGACAUGCUUCGACUACAUCAAUUCCUGGUGAAUAUCGCAAAACCCUCGACUCAAUAGACUACACAGCGUCCGUUAAGACGAAAAUCGACGCAGCAUCCACAGGAGACCAUGGAAUAGAUCUCAAUACAAAUAAACUUCCAUUGCCCGAUGAAUAUUCGCAGCCAAAUAUAUCGCCCCAGCGUGAUAGUUGGGGCAAUGAUGCAGAAUUUUUAAUGUCCUGCAUCGCCUUAUCUGUGGGUCUGGGCAAUGUUUGGCGGUUUCCGUUCACAGCACUGGACAACGGUGGCGGAGCCUUUGUGAUACCAUAUAUUAUAGUAUUAUUUUUAGUGGGUAAGCCGGUGUAUUAUAUGGAAAUGCUUUUGGGACAGUUUUCCAGCAAAGGCAGUGUUAAGGUCUACGAUUUUGCACCAAUAAUGAGAGGUGUGGGUUAUGGCCAAGUUUUGGCCACUGGCAUUGUCACAACUUAUUAUGCCACUUUAAUGGCUUUGACUUUGCGUUAUUUUGUCGAUUCCUUUUAUUCCAUUCUGCCUUGGAGUUAUUGCCGCGCAGAAUGGGGUAAUUCUUGUAUAGAUUCGAAACCGAAAACAGACAAUUUUUAUUUACAAAAUUCAACAGCUAUUAUGGAUGUGAAAAGCACUUCGGCGGAAAACUAUUUCAUCAAUGUGAUACUGCGUCAAAAGAAUGGCAUCGACGAUGGCCUUGGUAGCCCCAGUUGGUCAUUAGCAUUGACAUUGGCCUUUUCAUGGCUCGUCAUAGCUCUUAUCAUGUUAAAAGGCGUUAAAAGCUCGGGAAAAGCUUCUUAUUUUCUGGCAUUAUUCCCUUAUUGUAUAAUGGCUAUUUUACUUGUACGUUCGCUAACUCUGCCAGGAGCCUUUGAUGGAGUUCUCUACUUUUUGAAACCUCAAUGGGAUAAACUCUUGGACCCCAAGGUUUGGUAUUCUGCAGUCACUCAGGUUUUCUUUUCAUUGGCUAUUUGUUUUGGUAAUAUCAUAAUGUAUGCUUCAUAUAAUCGCUUUGGACAUAACAUCAAAAGGGACUGCAACAUUGUCACCACUUUGGAUACGUUCACAUCGCUGCUUUCAGGAAUAAUAAUUUUCGGAAUCCUUGGAAAUUUAGCCUAUGAAUCAAAUACCACUGACAUAAGAAGUGUUGUUGAAGGAGGUCCUGGAUUGGCCUUUAUUUCAUAUCCCGAUGCUAUAGCGAAAUUUAAAUUUGUUCCUCAGAUAUUUUCAGUAUUAUUUUUCCUUAUGCUCUUUGUCUUGGGAAUUGGCAGCAAUGUGGGCAUGGCUUCCUGUGUCAUGACUGUGAUAAAGGAUCGUUUCACACAAACAAAACACUGGGUUAUUGUGGUGAGCAUAGCACUGGUAUGCUAUUUGUUGGGUCUGAUGUACAUAACACCCGGCGGUCAAUAUGUCCUAAAUCUUUUGGAUUUCUAUGGGGCGUCGUUUGUGGCUUUGGUCCUGGCCAUAUUUGAAUUGUUAGCGGUCGGAUGGAUUUAUGGGGUCAAGCGCCUCUGCAAGGAUAUCUAUUUUAUGCUUGGCAUAAAGACUUCAUGGUAUUAUCGUAUCUGUUGGGGCAUUAUUACGCCAGCAUUUAUGGCAGCUAUUUUGAUGUAUACUCUGGUGGAAUACAAACCAUUACAAUACAACGAUUACACUUAUCCCUCCGGAGUUUAUGUAUUCGGUUGGUGCUUAUCGGCCUUUGGCAUUGGACAACUGAUUUUCUGGGCUGUAUAUGGUGUCCACAGGCGUACCGGAGCAACGCUUUGGGAGAAAGUUGUGAAUUCAUUCAAGCCCAAAUCGGACUGGGGACCUUUAGAACCUACUACCCUGAAGGCAUACAAAAUAUAUGUGGAUGGCAUGAAAGUUGAUGACAUGUUUAAACCAAAUGGAUUUUGGUAUAAGAUUUAUGAUAAUAUUUUUAAUUAAAUGAUCACCAAGUACCUGUAA